ACUGACCCUUAAAGAGGUUGGCAUCCUUGCCCCAAAUCAUGCAGCGGAGCUGGGUGGGCUUCGCCUAGCCCGGGUUCAAGUCUCCAAAGGGCAAGCGGCGUGGAAAACCGCUCUGGGCUGUGCGCCCCUAGGUGGAGCAGUUGCGAAAACCAGGGACACAGCUUCGAGCUCUCCCCGGCGUGGACGGAGUAGUGGAGGGGCUCUUGGCACCUUCCCAGCCUGCGCCCAGAUGCUGCGCGCCCUGACCAGCGCCCUGCGCCUUCCAGGCCCCUGGAGACCCCUUCGCACCCGUGGCUGCGCCUCCCAUGGAGCUACUGGGGACCCGGAGAUCCAAGUGCGCGCCCUGACCGGCCGCGACCAAGGAAUCACUGAGAUUCUGAUGAACAGACCGAGUGCCCGCAAUGCUUUGGGGAACGUCUUGGUCAGCCAGCUGCUGGAAGCUCUGGCCCAGCUGCGGGAGGACCAGCAAGUGCGUGUUCUGCUCUUCAGAAGUGGAGUGAAGGGUGUGUUCUGUGCAGGUGCAGACCUGAAGGAGCGGGAGCAGAUGAGUGAGGCAGAAGUGGGGAUCUUUGUCCAGCGGCUCCGAGGCCUGAUGAAUGAGAUUGCAGCCUUCCCUGCGCCCACGAUUGCAGCUAUGGAUGGGUUUGCCUUGGGUGGAGGCCUGGAACUUGCCCUGGCCUGUGACCUCCGAGUGGCAGCUUCCUCAGCCGUCAUGGGACUGAUCGAGACCACCCGAGGGCUCCUCCCUGGAGCAGGAGGGACUCAGAGGCUGCCUCGAUGCCUGGGAGUGGCCCUGGCAAAGGAGCUCAUCUUCACAGGCCGAAGACUGAGUGGUGCACAGGCCCAAGCCCUGGGGCUGGUGAAUCACGCUGUUUCCCAGAAUGAGGAGGGCAACGCCGCCUACCAUCGGGCACUGGAAUUGGCCCAGGAGAUCUUGCCCCAGGCACCCAUUGCUGUGCGGCUGGGCAAAGUAGCCAUUGAUAGAGGAAUGGAGGUGGACAUCGCAUCAGGGAUGGCCAUUGAAGGCAUAUGCUAUGCCCAGAACAUCCCCACCCAGGACCGCCUGGAGGGCAUGGCAGCCUUCAGGGAGAAGCGGCCCCCCAGAUUUGUUGGCAAGUGACUCCCAUUUAACUCUAAGUAUGGGAGAUGCCUGCUUCCAGGGCAGGAUCCAGAAGGAAAAUUUGCAGGGUGACUGUUCAUCAUUUCACCUCUCCAGGCUUCAGUCUCCUCACAAGGACAAAGAUAGAUAUAAAACAACUGGAAUGGUGUUCCAUACCAAGGUACUGCCCAUGCUGCCUACAGCUGCCUUCAUAAUUCCUCAUCCUGACUAGAUAAUCGCUAGGUCAAAUUGGCUUUGGAGCCUAUCUGUCCCUCCCUAUGCAAAUGGCAAACUAAGGAUUAAAACAGACCACUCGGUGCCUUUUUCCUGUUGGCUUUCAGGCCUGACCUCUGGCUCUCAGUUAUUAGGUGCUCACCAGAGAUGGCAAAAGGUUCUAAGAAGGCUCCAGUUUCUUCUUCUGUACAAUAGAGAUACUACACAAACCCUGGCAGUAGCCGAACAGGCGUCAGGAAUCAGACUGCCAUUCGUUAUGUGCCUUAGCUGCCUUAUCUGCAAUACAAAAAUGCUGUGAGGAGGAAAGAAAGAAGGAAGGAAAGAAAGGAAGGGAGGGAGGGA